AUGUCUCUUUAUAGAACUGAAGCAUGUCAAAACCUAGUGGAAGUAUUGGACGUAUAUAAAAUCAAAGUAGCAGGUAUUCAAGAAAGACACCAUAAUGGGUGUGGAUUUGCCGUACAUGAAACCAUAGAACCGUAUAUAAAGGAAUUCAACCCUAUAUCAGAGAGAUUAGCGGUAUUAAGAAUUGACACUGAACCCAUAAAUAUUGCCUUGAUAUGUACAUAUGCAACAACGGAAUCAGCUGACGAGGAUAUAAAGGACACCUUCAAUGAGGACCUGAUCCAAGCAUAUGAAAAAUUACCAGAGAAUACAAUUAAGAUAGUGUUGGGCGACUUCAACGCUAAAUGCGGAAGAGAAAUUCAGUUUUCACAUACAUUAGGGAAAGAAAGUCUUCAUGAUACAAGCAAUGGGAAUGGGCUUAGGCUAACAUUAUUUGCAACAGUAAAAAAUAUGAUAAUAAGUAGCACAACAUUCCCACAUAAGAAAAUCUAUAAGGGUACAUGGAAGUCACCAGAUGAUGUUACAAUUAACCAGAUAGAUCACGUUCUCAUCCAAAAAAGGUCCCGCUCAUGCAUUAGAGACGUACGUAGCUAUAGGAGAGCGGACUGUGACACGGACUAUUUUCUAGUCGUAGCGAAAUUCAAACUAAAAUUACUAAGUCAGAAACGACUGAGGAGUAUAAAUAAUAUACCGUAUAAUCUGGAACGCCUGAAGGAUGACAAAACCCAACAAGAAUAUUCAGUUAAGAUGAGAGAAUAUGUUGAGAACAUUGAAAAAGAGGAUAUAGAGAAUGAAUGGAGCAAGAUAAGUAAAGCUAUUAAAAAAGUUGCAGAACAAGUAAUUGGUAAACUAAAAAGUGGGAACAAAAAAUGGUAUAGCGAGAAAUGCCGAGAAGCGAUAGAGAAACGACUUAUGUCUCGGGAUAACUACGUAAAACUUAAUGACGCUAACACAAAAAAAAUUUAUGGAAUAGAGAGAAAAAAUUGCAAGAGAAUUAUACAAAGAGAAAAAAGAAACUUCUUAAACGGUAUACUACAAGAAGCUGAAAAAGACUGUUCACAAGGUAGUAUAAGGAACUUCUUCAGAACCAUCAGGCAAUAUAAGUCGUUCAACCCAAGCUUGAAAGCUAUUAAAAAUCGUGAUUGA